AUGGUGCUGAAGGAACGUGAAACAUCGCUGAAGCGGGAAAGAAACGAAGAGCACAUACCCUGUAUCGAUGGGGAAGGCAGCUACCGUAAGGAUUUACCUGUUCCACCGAAAACGCAUUCGUCGAAACGUUGGUCCGACUCGUUGCCCCCGAACGAGCGGGUGUUUUACCACCAAACAUUGAGUUCCGCCCGCCGAGCGGCGCAUUUUGUUAAUCACGCAAACAUUCCUCUAGACUCAUUGGACAUCAACCUUGCCGCUCAGUACAACCACUCGGAUGAUCUUUUCCUGGGCAAAAACGACGUCGUUCUUCAGGAGGAAACGCUUGGCCGGAGCACGUUUCGUCGUCUUCGGAACACGCGCGAUCUCAGCCCGGAGAAGAUCAUCCCACUGAAACACCCGUUGCUCGUUGGUGGUUUACGAGAAAAGGCAUCACCGAACAGCGUGAAGCUCAUGAAUACCGGACCGCAUACACCGCUCACAAACCCGGGCUAUUCGCGCCAAACAGGUGAUGGAAACUUCUUCAAUUACUAA